AUGGCAGCACCCACUUCACGUCUCCUCCCCAGAGCUCUAAGAGCUUCCCAGAAAUGCAGCUUUCGUCCUCAAAAUACAUAUCUGCUCCAGUUUGUGCCACGGACACGGACACGGACCUUCACGACGUCUCAAAGGUGCUUGGACGAUGCAAGCGACCAAGGCGAACCAGGCCACGAUGUCAAAUAUACCACCGACUUAAUGCCACACCUCAAGCGCGACUCCCGCUUCGGCGAGCUUACAAAGGAGCACAUCGACUUCUUUAAACAGACCCUAGUCGACGAUAAUGCUAUCAUCGACGGCGUUACAAAAGAUGCCUCCAACGACCUCGAGCCAUUCAACCGCGACUGGAUGAAGAAGUUCAGAGGCCGCACGAAGGUCGUGCUCAAGCCGAAGAACGUGGACGAGGUCAGCAAGAUAUUGAAAUACUGCAACGAUAACAUGCUGGCCGUGGUUCCGCAAGGAGGAAACUCUGGUCUGGUAGGAGGAAGCGUACCCGUCUUCGACGAGGUUGUGAUCAAUCUGACAAGAAUGAACAAGAUAAGAAGUUUCGACGAGGUCAGCGGGAUUCUGGUCGUGGACGCAGGUGUUAUCAUGGAGAACGCAGACAAUUUCUUGAAAGAGCAUGGCCAUGUCUAUCCACUUGAUCUUGGUGCGAAAGGCUCUGCGCAGGUUGGAGGGAAUGUUGCUGCAAAUGCUGGUGGAUUACGAUUCUUGAGAUAUGGUUCACUACAUGGCAAUGUGUUGGGCAUCGAAGCUGUUCUUCCAGACGGUACGAUCAUGGACGACUUGAGCAAACUAAGGAAGAACAAUACCGGCUACGACCUGAAACAACUGUUUAUUGGUGCCGAGGGUACUAUUGGCAUCAUCACGGGUGUCUCUAUCGUCUGCCCGCAACAAUCAAAAGCGGUCAAUGUCGCAUACUUUGGUCUCGAGUCCUACGAGAAAGUCCAACAGGCAUUCAAAGAAGCCAAACGUCAACUGGGCGAAGUACUGUCCGCUUUUGAGCUGAUGGAUGCUGAAUCCCAAAAGUUUGUGCAUAAAAAGACUGAGAAGAAGCGACCGUUAGAGGGAGAUUAUCCUUUCUAUUGUCUCAUUGAGACGAGCGGCUCUAAUGGAGAGCACGACAACGAAAAACUUGAAAAGUUCUUGGAGCACGUAAUGGGCGAAGAAAUCGUUGCUGACGGUGUAGUGGCACAGGACGAUACGCAAAUCGCUGACCUGUGGGCAUGGCGAGAAGGAAUCACAGAAGCCAUCGGUCAUGUCGGCGGCACCUAUAAGUACGACCUUUCCAUUCCAUUAAAAGACCUCUAUCAGCUCGUCGAAGAUACCAGAGCUCGACUUGAAUCGAAGGGCCUCAUCGGAGACGACAAGCCUGCUCGUGGCGUUGUAGGAUUCGGUCACAUGGGUGAUGGCAAUAUUCACCUCAACAUCCCUGUCCCCAAAUAUGUCAAAGAAGUCGAAGAAGCUCUUGAACCAUGGGUCUAUGAGUGGAUACAAAAGAAGAAUGGCAGUAUCAGUGCCGAACACGGUCUUGGAGUUGCUAAAAAGAACUUUAUCCAGUACAGCAGAAACGAGACGAUGGUCAAGUUGAUGAAGCAAAUUAAACAGCUCUACGAUCCUAAAGGUAUUAUGAUGCCCUACAAAUACGUGUGA